AUGCGCAUGGCGGUGCACUUUGCUCCACUUUGCUUUUGCCAGGUUAUAGUAUUAGGUGUGCGUGGGAGCAUGCCCCGGUGUAUCGAGUGCAACGCUCUUGUUCGCCGAAUUGUUCAGCCAGAGACGGAGAUGGUCGAUAAGUGUGUGAGGUGUGGAAGAUGCUGCGACAAGUACUAUGAAUUUGCGGAUGUUCAAAAGUGGAUUGACGUUGUUCUCUUGGAACGACGUGCCUGGACCCAUGUGUUGUAUAACCAGCGGGGGAUUUUUUCCUCGUUGUUUCUUGCGGCGGUUUUUUGUUGCCUGAUUGAGGCCUACGUCGUGCGGACCACAUGCGUGUAUGCGGAGUUAAGAGGAGGCAAAGACCUUUUCUCGGCAACGCAGGACAGCAACUGGGGCGGCGGAGAGGACAGUCUGCAGCUGGUGAGAAACCUUCGUUCAGAAAUGCUACCGCGGAUGAUGUACCCCGAGACGUGGCCGACGCUGUUUCUAUACGCCUGUCUGGAGUACUUACUCUGCCUGGUUUCAGCUGUUUGGCUUGGUGUGCAGUCGCAGCGUGGCGUUGCCCCCGGGCAGGAUGAUGCAAUGACUACCUGGGCAACCUCUCUGAGCCUCACCUACACGGCGAAGCUGGGAUACCUUGUGUUUUUGGUCUGGCGCAUUCCCAUUCCCCUAGUUGUUGUUGUGGAUUUCGUCUUCCUCCUCUGGAUGGUGCGGGGAUUCAGGGUAGCGGCCAGCAACCACCCCAGCCGGCUUCUGGCCGUUGCUGCGGUUACUGUGACUCUGCUUUCGCGAGUCCUCUUUCGUCACUUUACCGGCUGGAGCCCACAACUUAUCUUUUGA